GUAGUUCCAACAAGUGCAAACAUUACUAAUUUACUUGGCGUAUCGCGCCCCACGCCCCAAGAAUCUCACUUAUUGUUUAAGUUAUUUGUGUUUGUGUUUGUUUCAAUUAAAAGUGGUUUUAGUUAGCACUACUAACGGACAGCAGGGCGUGGCCGCACGCGUAGCCAGAAAACAUAACUAGAAUGUUUCCCUCGACGAUUUUGGGGCGCAGCUACCUGCUUUUUAUGCUGGUACUCGCCGUGGGCGUGUUCGCCCAGCACGAGUGGCAGGCCCGCGACGCCUUCGAUGAGAUCAAGAUACAGUUUGACAAAGUCAAUGCCGACAACUGUCCCAUCCAGCAUCAUUCGGACCUGUUCAUGCCCAUGGAUGCCGUUUCCCACCACCCGGACAUCAAAGAGGUGAAUGUGAAUCCCGUGUUCCCCAAUCGGACGGCGUUGCUGCAUCUGCAGAACAUGGCGCUGACACGCAGCUUCUUCUGGAGCUACAUUCUGCAGUCGCGAUUCAUUCGACCCGCCAUCAACGACACCUACGAUCCGGGCAUGAUGUACUACUUCCUCUCCACCGUGGCUGACGUAUCGUCCAAUCCGUCGAUCAACGCCUCGGCUGUCUACUUUUCGCCAAACAGCUCGUAUUCGUCCUCGUAUCGCGGCUUCUUCAACAAGACGUUUCCCCGCUUUGGACCGCGAACCUUCCGUUUGGAUGACUUCAACGAUCCCAUUCAUUUGCAAAAGAUUUCCACGUGGAACACAUUCGACGUUCAGGACUUGGGCGCCCACCAUCCCGACUCUAUAUCGAAGGACUACAGCCAUGACCUGUACAAGAUAAACGAGUGGUACCGCGCCUGGCUACCGGACAAUGUCGAGGGACGGCAUGACACCAAGAUCACCUACCAGGUGGAGAUCCGCUAUGCCAAUAACACAAACGAAACGUUCACCUUCCACGGCCCGCCUGGCGCUGAAGAGAAUCCCGGACCGAUUAAGUUCACGCGGCCAUACUUCGACUGUGGUCGUUCGAAUAAAUGGCUGGUGGCAGCCGUCGUUCCCAUAGCAGAUAUCUACCCCCGGCACACCCAGUUCCGGCACAUCGAAUAUCCCAAAUACACUGCAGUGUCCGUCCUGGAAAUGGACUUUGAGCGUAUAGACAUAAAUCAGUGUCCCCUUGGCGAAGGCAACAAGGGGCCGAAUCACUUUGCAGACACAGCGAGAUGUAAAAAGGAGACGACAGAGUGUGAGCCCUUGCAUGGCUGGGGCUUCAGGCGGGGCGGCUACCAAUGUCGCUGUAAGCCGGGCUUCCGGCUGCCCAACGUCGUGCGCCGGCCCUACCUGGGCGAGAUCGUAGAGCGGGCCUCGGCAGAGCAGUACUACAACGAGUAUGACUGUCUCAGUAUUGGCUGGAUUCAAAAGCUGCCUAUCCAGUGGGAGAAGGCUCCGUACCAUGUGCGGCAGAAGUAUCUGGACAUGCACUCCGAGUACCGCAACUAUACGACAGGUUCCAGGUCUCUGCACUCGGAGCAUAUAAACAUCGAUCAAGUAUUGAAGUUCAUCCACGGUGUCAACUACCGCACGUGCAAAAACUUCCAUCCGCAGGAUCUCAUACUGCGAGGAGAUGUAAGCUUUGGCGCCAAGGAGCAGUUCGAGAACGAAGCCAAGAUGGCCGUGCGACUGGCCAACUUUAUUAGCGCCUUCCUGCAGAUAUCGGAUCCCAAUGAGGUCUACUCGGGCAAGCGUGUGGCGGACAAGCCCCUGACCGAGGAUCAAAUGAUCGGCGAGACUCUGGCCAUUAUGAUGGGCGACAGCAAGGUCUGGUCGGCCUCAACGCUCUGGGAGCGCAAUAAGUUCACCAAUCGCACCUACUUCGCACCCUAUGCCUACAAAACGGAGCUGAACACGCGCAAGUACAAGGUGGAGGAUCUGGCGCGCAUCAACAAAACGCACGAUCUGUACACCGAGAAGAAGUACUUCAAGUUCCUCAAGCAGCGCUGGAACACCAACUUUGACGAUCUCGAGACCUUCUAUAUGAAGAUCAAGUUGCGGCACAACGAGACAGGUGAAUACCAGCAGAAGUACGAGCACUACCCCAACUCGUAUAGGGCGGCCAGCAUCAAGCACGGCUACUGGACCCAGCCUCAGUUCGACUGCAAUGGCUAUGUGAAGAAGUGGCUGGUGACCUAUGCGGUGCCCUUCUUUGGCUGGGAUAGCCUCAAAGUGAAACUGGAAUUCAAGGGUGUCGUGGCCGUGUCCAUGGACAUGAUGCAGCUGGACAUCAAUCAGUGCCCGGACUGGUACUAUGAGCCCAAUGCCUACAAGGGCACGCACAAGUGCGACGAGAAGUCAUCCUACUGCGUUCCCAUAAUGGGUCGUGGCUAUGAAACCGGCGGCUACAAGUGCGAGUGCCUGCAGGGCUACGAGUAUCCGUUUGAGGAUCUAAUCACCUACUACGAUGGACAGCUGGUGGAGGCCGAGUAUCAGAAUAUUGUCGCCGACAAGGAGACGCGCUACGAUAUGUUCAAGUGUCGACUGGCCGGCGCCUCGGGCCUGCAGUCGGCCCUGGGGCUGGUCAUCGCACUGAUUGGCCUGACGCUCACCAUGCUUUAUAGAUUUAGUUAGGGAUCCCUGCACGCCAAAUAACUAACUCUCUAGCCUUUUCAGCCAACUUUCGUCCAAUCGAAAAACUCACAUCAAAUCUCUCCACAAAAGACAUAAACUACAAAGCAACAGCAAUCUCAAAGACACAAAAAUUGACACCCAAAAACAAAACGAGCUGCCAGCCCAGUUCUCCGCAAUCCGCUCUGCAAUCCGUUUGCUCUUCUGCUCCUUUUGAACAUUGUCAUCAUUUAUCUGCAAGGCGAUUAAGUUGUAGACAUAAUCUAUUACAAUGAAUCUGGUUAUUUGUCAUUUCUAUCAAAAGCAGCAGCAGCAGCGGCAGCGGCAGCAGGAGCAUCCACGGCGGCAACGGCAGCAGAAAAGCGCAAACAGCCGCGCCUACUGCGCUCAGAUUACGGAAGCGUCGUCCUCCGGGUUUUCGCUUUCGUUGUCGCUGUCGCUGCUCCUUCUGUGGCCCUCUCUAAUGUCCGUGAAGUCGCCCAGCUGUAUGCGUGUGUGCUCGCUCGCUCAGAGCGCCGAUCGCAAACCUGUUAACAUCAAAACCCAGUUAGGCCCCGUACCUACACCCAUCGGGGAGGUCCAGGUCCAGCCUGAGGGUUGUUUGUGCCGCACGCACACCUUUUUUCCUUGGCCUCUGCCUGGUCCAACGGAUGGCACAAAAUAUCCAACGCCUGCCGUCGUGUUUUUCUUAUAUUAAAUCGUCGACAUUGCGUCCGAUGGUCUGUUGGCUGCUUUUUUCUUUUUUUUUUUUUGCCUGAAUUAAAUAUAUAUGCCGCUGCCGCUGCCGCUUUUUGCUCCUUGAUUAUCAUAUGCGCUUGAAUUUUAUUAUCUGUACCCUGAGAACUUUUUCUAUGCGCCGCAGGAACCAGUUUAUCAGCCACUUGGUCUCCUACCAGGGCAAAAAAGAAAUCUCCAGCUUUUUUCAUUAAAAACUUUAUAGCCAUAGGUAGCUGGACAUGGGCACAAAAAAUCUUUUUCACACAUUUUUCAUAGUCAUCUCAGGGCAGAAGCAGCAGCAGCAGUCUCCGAUCGGUGGGCAGGGCAGUGACUGUCGCAGCAUUUGGGCAACUCCUCCAUUUCCAAAUGUGCCGCUGCGACUGAGCCGGCUGGCUAUGUCCGCUUUUGGUUUUGUUUCUGGGUGUCACAUUCAGUCCUCAGAGGGCUGUCCCUCUCCCUAAUAUUCCAUUCCACUAUCAAUUUGUAGAAAAAUACAAAUACGAAGCUGUCAAAAGUGUAAAUUGUGCCUUAAAGAAAAACGUACAUGUAUCUGUCAGUCAGUAAAUGUAAAUGUAACUGUUUGUGCUCGAAUAAUUGUAAUACCAGAGACUAUAUCGAAUGUCCGUCCAAGAACAAAGUCUGUUUUUGUUUUAUGUACCUUAAUGUUAAGUGCCUUGAGAGCAGACAGCAGAGAAUUUUUACAAAAGUAUCACUUUUCCAUAGUUUAAUGUAUAGAAUCUUAAGUGUCUUUUAACUCAAAACGAAUCCAUAUACACAAUGUUUUAAUAUAUGAUUUUGUAGUAAAUUAAUGCAUUUAUAAUCUCCUCGCGGGGCUCUCACUUA